AUGCCCAACACAAAAGCAAUUUUCAGCAACAUUUCAAAAGGCUUCAGAGAUGGAAUGAAUUUACCUCUAGCAAUUGAUAUAUUCGCAAAAAGUAAAACACUAAAGCCAUUAUUUGCUCAAUGCUUUGUUUUGAAUGGAUGCUUGUUUGUAGGAAGUAUAAUAUUCUUUGAUUAUAUCGCAACACCAUUGUUUAAUUCAUCAACGGCUUCGGAAUCAAACGGAAAUGGUCUAGAGCAAAAUGCAAUGAAUACAGAUUAUUUAUCAUUUAUUUUAGGGUUAUUAUUUGCUAGUUUAAAGAAUUUAUUUUGGAUAUGGCCACUAUACACAGUCAGUUUUAUCUUAUCAGCUGCUUGGUAUGAUGAUAUUGCGGAACAUGUUGCUAAGAAGACUUCUUUGCAUAAGAGGGCUUCAUCUCAAUCAAGUAGUUCAAAUAGUUUAGAUUUUAGAAGUAAUAUCAUUAAGAAAAUAACUGAUCUAAUUUAUAGACCAAUCAUAUUCUUUAUUUUCCUUCUGCAAGCUUCAUUGGUGUCUGUGGUUCCAAUAUUUGGAACCAUUACUAGCUUUGUUCUGUACAGUUGGUUAUAUGCAUUCUAUGCUUUUGAAUAUGUGUGGUCCUAUAAGGGCUACUCAUUGGAGAGAAGGAUCAAAUACUUUGAGGAGCGUUGGGGAUACAUGUUAGCGUUUGGAGCUCCAAAUGCAUUUCUGUCGAACUACUUUCCCUUCUUUUUAUCAUCAGGAGUAUGGGCCAUGCUCUUUCCCAUGUUUAUUGUACUCGCAAUGGUCAGUAAGCCACCAUCAAGCAGUGAAGUGGAGAGCGAAGAUCUCAAACCCCCAAGAAUAUUUUCAUACACCAUCAAAGCAUCCAGCAUUUUACUGAACAAUCUUAAAAAUUUGGUGCAGAGCAAUUCCAGCACCCAAGAGAAAUCCGAAGAACACAAUGUAAAUUAA